UUAAAAUUGAAAACUGUUUUCAAAAUUGAUUUGAUUUUUGUUUUCAAUAUUUAAUUCACUUUUGGUUUGAGUUUUGCAUUGAAUUCACGAAACGAUUGAAUGAAGUGAUGGCUGAAGAGGAAGACAAUGAAUGCCAACAAUUGGUUAAAAGGCCAAAGGUGUCAUCAAAUGAUAUGAAGUCCACUGAAGAGGAAUGCUAUCGGAAGGACUCUUUCGACAGAUAUGGCGACGACUUAUGCGAAGUGAUAUUGUCUCACCUGUCACUCGACGACUGUUUCCGAUUUGAAUGUCUGUCCAAACAGUGGAAGCGAUCGGUGUUUGCGAAACGACACACUCUUGUGGUCGACAAUAAACUGCUGAGGAAGUGGGGAGUAAUAGACAACUCUAAGAUGCGAGACAUCAAUAUGAAGGCAUUGAUGUCAGUGACCAACAAAUGUGCAAACAUUACAUCCAUUCAAAUGACAAUCACUUCUAAAGCGACUGAAGUAGUCUUCAUAGUACUCAUGAGUUUAACGAGUCAUUCAUUGAAUGCAAUUGACGUCCGAUUCAGUGAUGAAAUCGAUGUCUCAAUAGUGGACACAAUUCUCGGCGAAUAUGGCUCACUGUUCACUUCAAUAUCAUUACCAGAAUCCGCUGUAAAUGUGUUAAAAUUACACAACAAGUCAUACACAAGACUUCGACAUCUUUCUAACACUUCUUUAACGGAGUUCCCGUUGUCUAUACUAUUCAAUGAAGACAAUGAACUGAUUGUUAAGAGUUUGACUCAAUUUGAAUGCGAUUAUAUGGAAGAAGAUUUGCCACUCUUUACCACAUUUGCCGAUCACUACAGACAUAGUCUCCAGUCUUAUGAUGUAAGUUGCGAAGAACCGACGGAGCAAUUGAAUGUGAAAUACCGAUUCACGAAACAUCCAUUGAUUGUGUCAAACAAAUAG